AUGAGCAGUGUUGCAGCAUCGCAAAAUAAAAUCAACGAUUUACUGGAAGCAAUCAGGCAAGAGUUUGCCAAUGUUUCGCAAGAAGCAAACUCUUACCGUUUGCAAAACCAAAAGGAUUAUGAUUUUAAGAUUAAUCAACAAUUAGCAGAAAUGCAACAGGUUAGAAAUACCGUUUAUGAGUUGGAAUUGACUCACAGAAAAAUGAAAGAUGCGUAUGAGGAGGAGAUUAGCAGAUUGAAGUUGGAAUUAGAACAAAAAGAUCGCCAAUUGGCCUCUAUUGCCCAUGGAAGUACCGUUGGUAAUGUUCCAGGUCAAGUUCCUCAGCUUAGUAGAAAUUCUGGUGCUCAGGGAAAUGCUAACAUUGCGCCACCAAAUAUUCCGCAACCAAUGGUUUCGCAAACUGUAGGUACUGGUAUGGCCCCACAAAUGGCUCCUUUGAACACUCAACAUCCUACUCAGCAAACUAAGUCUAAUGCUGGAGAGCAAGCGGCCGCUAAUUUGGCUCCUGUCAUUCAGCAGCAGCAACAACCUCAGCAACAAUUACCACCACAACAGCAGCAGCAACAGCAGCAGCAGCAACAGUCUAACAUCCCAGUUACCACGGCAGCUCCAGUUCAACCUGCUGGUGGUAACUUAGACCAAACCGUACCAAAUAGUAUUUCUCCUCAACAACAGCCAACAGAGCAACAGCAACCUGCAAGUACAGCCACUACUGCACCAGCCACUGCUUCUACAGCCCCACCAACAUCUGCUCCAUCCGAUCAGGUAGGUCAAGAUCACUACUUAGUUCCUGCCGACCAACGUGCUGUUCAUGCCAAACCAAUCCCUCCAUUCUUGUUAGACUUGGACUCACAACUGGUUCCUUCACAUUUAAAGAAGCAAAACAAUGACUACUAUGUUCUUCACAAUCCUGCUCUACCUACGGAUUUGGAUGUUGAACUACAUAAAUCAUUAGAACAUUCUUCGGUGGUAUGUUGCGUCAGAUUCAGUUCCGAUGGUGAAUUCUUAGCCACGGGUUGCAAUAAAACUACCCAAGUUUACAAAGUUUCCACUGGUGAACUAGUUGCCAGACUAUCUGAUGAUUCAGCAUCUCAACCACAACCUCAACCUCAAAAUCAAACAGUCACUGCCGAAACCUCCACUUCUAAUUCUAAUGGAUCUAGCGCUGAAGAUGGUACUGGAAACCAAAACUCAGCAGCCUCUACAGCAUCCUCUGAUCUCUACAUUCGUUCAGUCUGUUUCUCCCCUGAUGGUAAAUUUUUGGCCACAGGUGCAGAAGACAAGUUGAUCAGGAUUUGGGAUUUGGAAACUAAGAAAAUUGUUAUGACUUUGAAGGGACAUGAACAAGACAUUUACUCUUUGGACUACUUCCCAUCCGGUAACAAGUUGGUGUCUGGUUCUGGUGAUCGUACGGUAAGAAUUUGGGAUUUAACCACCGGUACUUGUUCCCUAACACUAUCGAUUGAGGAUGGUGUUACUACCGUUGCGGUUUCUCCUGGUGAAGGUAAAUUUAUUGCAGCUGGAUCUUUGGACCGUACCGUUAGAGUUUGGGAUUCCGAUACUGGUUUCCUAGUAGAAAGACUAGACUCUGAAAAUGAACUAGGGACAGGACACAGAGAUUCUGUUUACUCUGUUGUCUUUACUAGGGAUGGUAAGGGAGUUGUCUCCGGUUCUUUGGAUAGAUCUGUCAAGCUAUGGAAUUUGAACGGUCUAAGUGGUCAAAAGAGUCAUGCAGAAUGUGAAGUCACCUACACUGGGCAUAAAGACUUUGUUCUUUCCGUUGCCACUACACAAAAUGAUGAAUAUAUACUUUCUGGUUCGAAGGACCGCGGUGUCCUGUUCUGGGAUACCAAAUCCGGUAAUCCUCUACUAAUGUUACAGGGUCAUAGGAACUCUGUAAUCUCCGUCACUGUUGCAAAUGGUCAUCCACUUGGCCCUGAAUAUGGUGUAUUUGCUACUGGUAGCGGUGAUUGUAAGGCAAGAAUUUGGAAAUAUUCUAAAAAGAACAGCCAACAAAACUCUACCCAAAUCAAAGAGAUUAAAGAAUAA